GAGGCGUGUGUGCGCGCGCACGGUGAAGAGAAACCUCUUCAGCAAGUGCAACAAACUCCGGUGUCUCGCGCAGAAGUUCAGGAGUAAAUAGUAAAGAGCAGGUUGCAGGAUUUUAUGGAUCGGAUAUGAGUGAAUUUCCGCGAGCGUCCAAACACACGGAAAAUGACGCGGAGCAGAAGAGCAACGUUAAACUCCGCCGCACGGCUGCUUUUACCGUGUCUGAUUUGCGUGCUUGUUCCGGUCAGAGCGCGAGCUCAACACGUCCCGGGCGGAUUCAGCCUGACACCGCCGUACUUUAACCUGGCUGAAGGCUCGCGAAUUUCCGCCACGGCUACGUGUGGUGAGGAGGAAAACGGUAACCCGAGGACUGAUCUCUACUGCAAACUGGUCGGAGGGCCUACGGUGGGAUUAACGAGCCAAACUAUACAGGGGCAGUACUGUGACCGCUGCAAUGCCAAUAAUCCUGAGAAAGCCCACCCAGUGAACUACGCCAUCGAUGGGACGGAGCGCUGGUGGCAGAGCCCGCCUCUCUCUCGGGGUCCGAGGUACAACGAGAUAAACGUCACGCUGGACUUGGGUCAGCUUUUCCAUGUCGCUUACAUCAUCGUGAAGUUUGCAAACUCUCCACGGCCGGAUCUGUGGGUGCUCGAGCGCUCCGUGGAUCAGGGGAGGACCUUCACACCAUGGCAGUAUUUCGCACAUUCAAAACAGGAUUGCAUCGAAAGGUUCGGGACGGAGCCAAACGGCAGAACUGUUAGAGACGACGAUCAGAUCUGUACCACCGAGUACUCACGGAUUGUCCCGUUAGAAAACGGAGAGAUCUUUGUGUCUCUCGUGAACGGUCGUCCCGGAUCAAAGAACUUCGCGUACUCUCCAAUUCUGCAGGAAUUUACAAAAGCCACAAACAUCCGCUUACGGUUUAUACGGACUAACACGCUGCUGGGGCAUCUGAUCUCCAAGGCUCAGCGUGACCCCACUGUGACACGCAGGUACUAUUACAGCAUUAAAGACAUCAGUGUUGGAGGGCGGUGUGUGUGUCAUGGCCAUGCCCAUUCAUGCGGAGCACGAGUGCCAGGUCGGCAAGAUCAACUCCAGUGCGAGUGUCAGCACAACACCUGCGGUGAGUCAUGUGACCGCUGUUGCCCUGGAUACCAUCAGAAGGCCUGGCGUGCAGCGACGACGGACGGCCCCAACGAGUGUGAACCUUGCCAGUGCCAUUUGCAUGCCACUGACUGUUAUUAUGAUGCUGAGGUGGAGCGCAGGAGAGCAAGUUUGAACAUACACGGCAGGUAUGACGGUGGAGGCGUGUGCCUUAACUGCCAGCAUAACACAGCCGGGGUGAAUUGUGAAGUGUGUGCUGAGGGCUACUACAGGCCGCAUGGCGUUCCUCGAGAGUCUUCUACAGGCUGUAAACCAUGCAGGUGUGACAGCAGGGUAACAAGCGGCUGCGAGAUGGGUUCAGGACGGUGUAUAUGCAAACCUCAAUACAGCGGAGAACACUGCGAUCGCUGCGCCAGAGGUUACGACGGAUAUCCAGAAUGCACUCCAUAUCUAGAUCACCUGAUCAAGACUCCUGAACCGCCAACCGGCAAUGUUGUUGAUUGUCCUGUGGGGUAUUUUGGUGCACCCAACUGUCAACAAUGUUUAUGUGAGCAAGCUGGGACAGUUCUAGGGAUCUGCAGUGCGUCUGGGAGCUGUUUAUGCCGUCCUGAGGUUACAGGCCAGAGAUGUGACCGCUGUCGUCCAGGCCAUCACUCCUUCCCGUACUGCUAUUCAUGCCAAUGUGAUGGGCCUGGGGUGGCUGAUCGGUCAUGUGAACCAUCGGGUCAGUGUCACUGUCGACCCAACUACGUCGGCCUUCAGUGUGAACAAUGCACCAUGGGAUACUACGCGUAUCCGACAUGCUCCCCAUGCCAUUGUUCUCGGGAAGGCUCUAUUGAUGGGUCAUGUGACCCAAACACGGGUCAGUGCGUGUGUAAUCCUGGCGUGACGGGGCACAGGUGCGACCGCUGCUUCAAACCCGACCAGACCUUUCCUGAUUGCUUUGAUGUCGACAGUUCCUGCAAUCCAGCAGGGUUGGAAAUUGACACUAAGGAUCCGUUAACAGAUGCAUGUAUCUGCCUGCCGUAUGUAAAGGGAUCUGAAUGUGAACGCUGCAAACCACUUUACUGGAACCUGGAUCCUGAAAACCCAACUGGCUGCAUUGAGUGCCUGUGUGAUGUUAAAGGGACUCUGAGUGGUGUGGCUGAAUGUCAUGAGGAGAGCGGUGAAUGCUCCUGCAAGCCCAACAUUUGCAGCCACGCCUGUGAUACGUGUGACGACGGCUACUUCCUGUUACAGAAGAAGAACUAUUUUGGCUGCCAGGGCUGCCGGUGUGAUGUGGGCGGGGCUGUAGGACGUGGCUGUCACGAGCUGACUGGUCAGUGCCAGUGUAGGAAACACAUGUACGGGAGAACGUGCUCUGAGCCAGAGCCCAACUUCUACAUUCCUGACCUCCAUCAUCUAAAGUUUGAGGCAGAGAACGGGAUCACGCCCAAUGCCCGGCCCGUGCGCUUCGGCUACGACACGAGCGAGUUCCCACAGUUCAGCUGGAGAGGCUACGCUACACUCUCACAUGCACAGCCAGAGUUGCUGCUGUAUGUUGUUGUCACUUCCCCUGGUCCCUUUACUGUAGUAAUGCGCUACAUGACCGCUGGCCUGCACACGGCCGUGCGCGGGAGAGUCUUACUGGUGGCGGGAUCCGGCUUUUACUCUCACUGCAGCUGGUCUGGAGAGAGUAAAGAGGUGUUGUUUCCUCCCAGCCGCUCUCCCGCCUUCCUGACCGUCCCUGGAGACGGAUUUGCCCAGCCUUUCACUCUCAGUACAGGAAAAUGGAUUGUGUGUGUGCAGGCUGAGGGAAUCCUGCUGGACUAUUUGGUGCUGCUCCCAAGUGCGUACUAUGAAGCUAAGAUUCUACAGCAGGAGAUCACCGAGCCGUGUAGCUACCAGCUCCGAGACGGCAACUGUCUCCUCUACAAGCACGUGCCGUUGGACAGGUUCCCGUCAGCGUUGGCGUCUCAGAGCCUGGGCUCCACACAGAGACGUAGCCGCAUACGACAGCCUACCGCCGAGCAUCCCGAGCUGGUGUCCGUCAACGGCAGACAGUUGCGGCUGACGUUACACGUCCCCGAAUCCGGCUCACAUGUCCUGGUCUUGGAAUACGCCAAUGAAGUGGAUGCUAACCGGAACGUCAACGUCUACAUCGGCGGACAACCACAGGACCAAGUUCAAACCAAAGCAAACAUCUACGUCUGUGCUUAUAGCUUUCUCUGUCGCUCUGUGGUGGUGGAUGGAGAAAACCGCAUCGCACACUUCCUGCUUCCUCCCAAGGCUGAGAUUCAUCUGCAGUCCCCCACAAACUCAGUCCUUCUGUAUCGUGUGUACGCCAUCCCUUCUGAUGAGUUCACCAUGGAGCUCGUCCAGCCCACGGUGCUCUGCGUCUCUCGACACGGCCGAUUCACAGAGGACAGUAAGCACUGCAUUCAGAGGAAGUUCAACACUCCUCCAACCGCGCUCACUUUAGACGCCUCGACCGUGACCCGGCCGUCCAGAUUCACCACUCAGGCUUCAGGAAGGUGUGAUGGACAUUUGCUCAAAUCACCUCAGACUGAAGUGGAACUGAGAGCACAGGUACCUCAUACAGGCCGCUACGUGUUUGUAGUGCACUACUGUCAGCCUGAGCACACUACUUUCCCAGUGGAGGUGCUGCUGGACUCGGGGGAGAAGUGGACAGGUCACAUGAACGCGUCCUUCUGUCCCUCCGUGUCCGGCUGCAGGAGCGUGGUUAUAGCAGAGAGACGCAUCGCUCUGGAUGUCCUCCAACAGACACUGACCAUCACUCUGAAGAUCCCUAAUGGAAAAACGCUCACUCUGGAUUCAGUGCUGGUGAUUCCUGAGGAAAGCUACAGCCCUGAACUCCUUAAUCCUAAAGCUCUGGAUAAGGCUUCAGAUUUCAUCAAUCAGUGUGGAGCUCAGGGAUUUCACAUCGACCUCCACAGCGCCUCGGAGUUCUGUAAGAGUUCGGCUCGCUCACUGGUUGCUCACUAUCUGGAUGGUGCUCUGCCUUGCUAUUGCGAUAAAGCAGGAGCGACCAGCCAUACCUGUGAGCCGAUAGGAGGCCAGUGUCACUGCAGGCCUCACGUGAUUGGCCGCAAGUGCUCUCGCUGUGCCACGGGGUUCUACGGCUUCCCUUACUGCAGACCGUGCGAGUGUGGCCGGAGACUGUGUGACGAGAUCACGGGCGAGUGUAUUUGUCCUCCGCAGACGGUGCGCCCUGCAUGUGACGUGUGUCAGAGUGAGACGUUUAGCUAUCACCCGCUGCUGGGCUGCGAAGGCUGUGACUGUUCACUCAUUGGAAUCCGUAAAGGAGACACAGGCCAAUGUAACGUCACCACCGGACAGUGCACCUGUAAACCCAGGAUAGAUGGGCGGCAGUGCUCGCGGUGUGUCGCGGGUCAUUACCGUUUCCCCGACUGCAUGCCGUGUUCGUGUAACGCCGGAGGAGUGACACCGCAGGUCUGCGACCCCAACACCGGACGCUGCCUCUGCAAGAGUAACGUGGAGGGGCUGCGGUGUGACAUGUGCCGUAAAGGUUCGUUUCAUUUUGACCCGAGCAACACGAAAGGAUGUACCGAGUGCUUCUGCUUCGGUGUGACGGAUCAGUGCCACAGUUCCGACAAGCGCAGGGGGAAGUUUGUGGACAUGCGCUCAUGGCGCUUGCUGACAGCUGAUCAGGUUGAGGUGGCGAGUGUGUUAAACUCACUCAGCAAUACAGUGGUGGCUGACGUUCAGGAGCUUCCUGCCGCCGUGCUGCAACUCCACUGGGUUCUGCCUCAGUCGUACCUCGGGGACAGGGUGUCAUCAUAUGGGGGCUUCCUCACCUACCACGUCAAAUCUUUUGGCCUCCCGAACGAAGGGAUGAUCCUCUUAGACAAACAGCCUGACGUUAUCCUCAAGGGAGAGAAAAUGGUGGUAGUCUACCAGGAUCCUCAGUCACCUUUGCCAGACAGGGUUUAUCAGGGUCGUGUGCAGCUAGUUGAGGGCAACUUUCGUCACAGUGGGACAAACAGACCCGUGUCCCGAGUGGAGCUGAUGCGAGUUCUGGCUCGGCUGGAGGCCGUGUUGCUCCGAGCGCUCUAUUUCACACGCACUCAAAGACUCAGUGUUGGCGAGGUGGGCCUGGAGGAGGCCAGCAGGCUGGGCACCGGGGCACCAGCGGGCACUGUGGAGGUCUGCUCCUGCCCACCGGAGUACACCGGAGACUCAUGUCAGAGAUGUGCCGGCGGUUACUAUAGAGACAGACAUGGCCGCUGCGUUCCCUGUGCAUGCAAUGGACUAUCAGAGGAUUGUGACGACAGCACAGGGAGAUGUCUGAACUGCCAGGAAAACACAGCCGGAGAUCACUGCGAGCGCUGUAAAGAUGGUUACUAUGGCAACGCCGCUCUGGGGACCUGCGCGAUCUGUCCGUGUCCACUUCGUCUGGAGAGCAACAACUUUGCUGUGGGCUGCAGUGAGGUAGCUGGAAGAUUUCGGUGUCAGUGUAAGCCAGGAUACGCAGGAGAAUCGUGUGAGAGGUGUGCUCCCGGAUAUUUCGGCCGACCCGAGCAAUACGGAGGCAGAUGUCAGCCGUGCAACUGCAACGGGAACUCGUGCUCUCCCACCACCGGAGUGUGCAAUUACAUCCAGGACCCUAAAGACACAAACCCGGCUGAGGAAUGCACAGAAUGUGACAGCUGCGCUCAGACCUUACUAAGCGAUCUGGAGAGGCUGGAUGCCGAACUGGUGCGGCUCAAGGCUCAACUGGAUUCGCUCAAUUCUAGCUCCGAGGCUCAGCGACGUCUCCGAGAGCUCGAGAAAGCCGUCGCCGAAGCGAAGAACCUGGUGAGGAUGCACACAGCUGAUGUGACAAAGCUGAAGCCUCAAGUGAGCGAGCUGGAGCGAGACGUUCGCACUCUGACUUUAGACAUUAACAAGCUGAAGCAGGAGGCUGAGAAGAGGUCAAACGAAGCCCAGAAGGCGGUUAAAAAUGUAGAAAACACUCACAAUAAAGCAAAAGAUCUCAACAGCCAGGUGAUGGAUAUGCUCAGGAAAAUUCAGGAGCUCCUGAAGCAGUUAAAUGAUCCGUCCCUGGGCGGCGGCAGCACUUUUCCUUCUGGAGACGCAGACAAACUGCUGAAGGAAGCCGAGCGGCUGGUGCAGGAGAUGCGGGAAAGGAACUUUAGACCUCAGAAGGAAGCAGCGGAAAAGGAGCUGGACGAGGCAAAGAAACUCCUGGAUUACAUCCAGAACAACUGCACAAAGCAGUUUAAUGAGAACCAGGAAGCAGCUACAAGGAUCAGCAGACUCCUGAGUAACUACGAGGACAAGUUAAAGGAACUGGAGAAAGCUCUAAAGGAAGCGAAUGAGACGGUGCAGAAAGCCAACAAGCAGAACACACUCAACACUGAGACCCUCAGCAAUCAGCUGAAACGUAUUAAGAGUUUGGAGAAAGAGAAAAACAACCUGGAGCAGGACGUCGCUUUGGCAAAGCAGCAGCUGAAUCAAGUGAAGGAUCUGCUGAAGAUGCUCGGUGACAGUAAGAAGGAGUAUGAGCAGAUCGCGGCAGAGCUGGACGGAGCCAAGACCAAGCUGACGGAGCGAGUGAACAGCAUCUCUCAGACGACGGCUCAGGAGAAGCUGGUGAAGGACGCAGAGGAUCACGCGGCUCUGCUCAACAAGCUGGCUGAUGAGCUGCACCAGGCCAUACAGAACUCGAGCGGCCGAGCCGACGUGAAGGACGCCCUCGCUGCCGUCGACGCCUACAAAAACAUCACGGAGGCAAUAAAGGCAGCCGAGGAGGCAGCAAAGAAGGCGAAGGAGGCAGCUGACAAGGCCCUGAAUGACGUCAUUCGGGGUGAUAUCAGCAAGAGGGCAAAGGUCCUGAAAGACAAAGGCACAGCACUCCACAAAGAUGCUAAACAAGCAGAGAAAGAUGUGAAAAAUCUAUCAAAUGACCUGAAGGAACAAAAGCAGCGUUUGGAUGAUGCCGAAGAGAAGAAAACCCAGCUGGAGAAAGAUCUGAGUGACAUCAACAAGGAGCUGGAUAACGUUCAGAGAGACGACAUUGCUACACUGAUCGAUAUCGCCAAGAAAACAGCGCAAGCAGCGAACGCUUCGGCCAGCGACACGAUGAACAAGCUGAAGGACAUAAACAAAGAAAUCGCCGCUAUUAAAGCUCUAAACAGAAGCGGCUCUCCGGACCAGGCCGGCAUCGACAGCAUGCUCAGUGACGUGGACAAUGCUGUGAAAAACCUGAGCAGCUCCAUCCCGUCCCUGCUGGAGAAAUUCACUGAGGUGGAGAAGCUCAGUUCUGAUAUUGACCCCAACAAUAAUAUAUCCUACAACAUCAUGCGUAUUAAAGAGCUGAUCGAGGAAGCACGCAGCGCCGCCAACAGGAUUCCUCUGCCAAUGAAAUUCACUGGUUCGGAGCACGUGGAGCUGCGACUCCCCCAAACCCUGGACGAACUGCGAGCGUUUACAUCGAUGAGUCUCCUUCUUCAGCGUGACGCGAUCAAGAGCCGUGGGGACGGCCGGCGGAGGCGGCGCCAGGGCCCCGUGGACAAUGGAGAUCUGUUCAUUUUCUACCUCGGCAACAAGGAUGUGACUAAGGACUACCUCGGCAUGGCUCUGAGAAACAACGUCCUCUAUUUCGUUUACAAGCUGAACGGAAACUUUAAGGAGAUCGAGUCCUUGGACAUCACACGCUCGAGAGAGGAUCAGAUGUUCUUCGAUAAAGUGGAUAUGCAGAGGAUUUACGAGGAUGCCCAGGUCAGUCUCACAAAGCUAUUCACAACCAAUACCCCAGACGCAGAAUUCAUAAGAACUGGGCGGGGAGACGCGCUUUAUAACCUGCUGGACCUCCAUCCCAGUGAAGCUGUCUUCUACGUAGGAGGUUACCCGAAAGACUUCACUCCUCCACCUCCUCUUAAUUACCCCAGAUACAAGGGCUGUAUUGAGUUCAACAUGUUUAACGAGAGAUUUAUAAGUCUGUACAACUUUAAGUCGCUGGAACCUGAGAACGUCACCUUACAGACACCUUGCAAGAGGUACAUCCGUCCAGGAGAGGGUGAAUACCUCGAAGGCACGGGUUAUAUCCAGUUGCAGCUUGAGAAGGUGAGCAGGGUGCUGGGCAUCAUCCAGUACAUCGAGACACGAGCUGAAAACGGCAUCAUUCUGUUCAUGGGAAAUGAGAACUCGUACUACCUCAUCACUCUUGAGAAGCACUACGUGGUUCUGCGUAGCAAAGUCGGAGAUCAGGAGCUGCAGACCAAGAGGAGCAGCAUGCCUCAGGAAGUGAAAGGAGAUUUCAAGGUGUACUUUGAUGGUGGUAAUGGGAUUGUAAGUGUCAGGAAUCAAACCAAAGAGCUGGUGAAAGGACAAUACGUUUCUGAUUCUUUUGCCAGCUAUUUCAUCGGUGGCAUUCCCUCAGAUUUGAGAAUGAGAUACAACAUCACCGUGCCACCACUGAAAGGCUACGUUAAGGAUUUGCAGGCUAACGGCAAAGCUUCAUCUGCAAUAAAUAAAGUGGGAGUUGGCCGGAGCUAUAGCAAUAAGAUGCUGGCAUUGAAAAAGGCAGAGUUCAGCACGGGUGGUUCCCUGAGCUCUCUGCCUACAGGCUUCAGCCUGGAUGACCUGACGCUCUCGCUCGGAUUCAUGAGCACCGAGAAGGACGGCCUGCUGCUGCAGAACAAACAGGCGACCAAAGAGCUCGGGCUGAAGAUGGUGGACGGAUAUGUGCUACUGAAAUACCAGAACCGUGUUUGGAGAUCCAAAAAACAGUACCAAGAUGGAGAAUGGCAUUAUGUUACGGUCACCAACAAGGCUGGAAGCAUGGAGCUCCGAAUCGACGAAGAUGACAAAGGAGAGGAUAUCACGAGGACGUCACUCGAUCUCAAUUUCCUCUCUAAUAACGUCACUCUGGGCGCAGGCUCCUUCACAGGCUGCAUGUCUAACAUCUACCUGAGAAGGGUUGAUGCUUUGUACAAGCCAGAGGACUUGAGUGAUUUUUCCUCGGAGGGAGACGUGAUGCUGGACACGUGCACGUCUGAACGUCAGCCUGAGAACAUGUGGGCCAACCGCAAGAAAGAUGGCAAAGACGAGGUAAAGGAUGAGGGAUUCUCUAACUGCUUCCUCCCGACUCCGAUCCCACAUUCCUUUCACCUAGCAGGUGCUUCCAGCAGUCUGAGCUACACCAUGCCCUCUAGAGCUCUCACACACAGACCCUAUUUAUCCUUAGAUGUCAGGACGAAGUCAGGAGAAGGUCUGAUCUUUUACAUUCCUGCCGAGCAGGAAAAGUAUCACCUGGCUCUUUACGUGUCCAAGGGAAGGAUCCGCUUAUCAGUUGGCCGUCAGAGGGAAAUCUUUAACCGGGAGAAGUACAACGAUGGAAAGUGGCACACGGUAACACUAAGUCUGGAGAAGCGCAGGUUUCGCCUGGUGAUUGACGGUCUGAGGGCUCAGGAUGGAGUGCUGAAUCCAGGAGAGAGCUCGUCUAUCCAGCUGAGUAGAGCUGUUUACCUGGGCAGCCCUCCAGCACACACACACUCUGAUCUGAAGUGGAAGAUGUUGCCGGUGCACGGCGUGGUCGGGUGUGUGCGCAAUUUCAGGAUGAACGGUUCAUCGAUAGCGGCACCAGCAGUGAAUCGUGGUGUAGGUCUGUGCUUCGAAGGGCAGAUGAAAAGCGGGGCGUACUUCUCAGGGCAGGGGAGUCAUGUCAUCAUUGAUGAAUCAUUUGUAGUGAGACAGAAGUUUGAACUCGUGUUCGAGUUGCGUCCCAGUAAUCAGAGCGGCCUCCUGCUGCAUGUCGGAAACCUCGACCAUCAUCUCACCGUGUUCAUGAGGAAAGGAGAGGUGGUGGCUCAGGUGAAUAACGGAGGAGGAGGAUUCAGUGUGUCUGUUCAGCCCAAGCAGACUCUGUGUGACGGCACGUUCCACAGAAUAGCAGUUAUCCAGCAGAACAAUGUGGUAGAGAUGCACGUGGACACAGAGGGCAAGUAUACGAUCGGCCCCGGCUCCUCUUCUCCUACGCAGGACAGAUUCCCUGUUUAUGUUGGCGGUGUUCCAGAUCGCAGAAGGUUCCCGUUCCUCCCUGUUACAGAAUCCUACGCUGGAUGUCUCAAAAACAUGGUCUUUAACAGGGACGUCGUGGUGUUUGAGAAGCUCUCCACUGUAUUCGGGCCUGUAAACAUGCGAGAGUGUCCAGCUAAUCUGAGAGCGCCGUCUCCACAGUGAAGUCAUUUCCAGUGCUUUAAGAUUAUAUGUAUAAGUGUAAGAUCAGAACUCAUGACUGAAAUGUCAGUGUUUCCUGUUUUCCUUUUCUAGUCCCCUAUCCAAUAGCAUUGUGUUCACUGUUAGAUACAAAAGUCACAUACUAGUAAAGACACUAGCUGUACUGUAUCUACUAAUUGGGUGAUUUUCUUUCAGUAUGGACCUGAAGCGUAAUACUGGCUAUUUAUUUACUAGCUGGUCUUGUUUGCACACAAUUAUUUAAAAACAACACGUAAUAUUUAAUUUUAUUAAGUGAAAUGUCUGCAUUGUACUGUAACUUUUGACCAUUGUAAUGUUUACCAGCUGAUUUACAUUUCUCUGAACUGUAUUGUAUCAUCAAAUCUGGUGUAAAAACUUCUUGGAUAAAAUAACGGACCAUUUAUUUAAAUUUUUUU